UGUUACUCCGGGAGGCCUACGAUACCUCAUUUUCACAAGCAGAGCAGAAUAUCAGGACAAACGUCCAGUUUACUUGCAUCGUUUCGGCAAACUCUCUCUUCAUGUCAUUCAACACACCCACCGUUAGCUAAUGCGCAGUCCAUUGGAUUUGGCAUUUCCUUUCCUAGCGCUGCAAGCGAAUUCAUUGGGCCGGCAGUGCCACCAUCUGCACUCAUCAGCCAAGGAACGCUGACGACCGGCUCCGCCCCGAGGAACUUCGUCAUCGGCCCAAAGAGCAUCAGGCGCAACGUGGAAGGGUUCCCAGGAAAGUCACCAAAUACCUCGACGCCGAACCAACCUCUACAACUUGCAGGACGGCCUCACCGACUCCGGCAAACUACUAGCAAAACUUUGCUCGACUAAAAGCCCUCCCCGUAGAGAAUGAGCCUCAGGGGUUUUCAAAAGGGGAUCGUCCGCGCCCCUCAACAAAUAAAGGCAAAGUUCAACAUUGGCGAGCACACCAAAGACGCCGUCUACAUCGACUCGGAGCGCAGGUUUCAAGAGCUAGAAACCGAGACGAAGCACCUCCACGAUGAGAGCAAAAAGUAUUUUGAUGCCAUCAACGGCAUGCUCACGCACCAGAUCGAGUUCUCCAAGGCAAUGACCGAGAUCUACAAGCCGAUUAGCGGCCGCAUGUCGGAUCCCGAGACGCUCGUUGUGCAGGGCAAUCCAGAGGGGAUCCGCGCGUGUGAGGAGUACGAGGCCGUGGUGAAGGACCUGCAGGAGACGUUGGCGCCGGAGCUUGAGAUGAUCGAAAGUAGGGUGAUUCGGCCGGCGAAUGAGCUGCUCGACGUUAUCAAGGUGAUCCGCAAAACGGCCGUGAAGCGUGAGCACAAGAAGCUGGACUACGACCGCCACCGUGCGACGCUCAAGAAAUUGCAGGAGAAGAAGGACAAGACAGCCAAGGAUGAGAAGGCCAUGUGGAAGGCCGAGAACGACGUGGAGCAGUCGACCCAGGAAUUUAACUACUUCAACGACUUGCUCAAGGAAGAGCUGCCCAGGCUGUUCGCCCUCGAGCGCGAGUUCAUCCAGCCGCUCUUCCAGUCCUUCUAUUACAUGCAGCUCAACAUUUUCUACACUCUGCACGAGCGCAUGCAGCAGGUAGAUAUUGGCUACUUCGACCUGACGCUCGACGUGGAGGAGGCGUUCCACAAGAAGCGUGGCGACAUCCAAGAGCGCGCCGAGGCAUUGUCGAUCGUGAGGUUCAAGACAUCGGGCCAGAAGCGCCCGCCCAAGUACGGCGGUCCGCGCCCGGGCACGGCGAUAGAGGGACGCCAGAACGCGGGCUUGCUUACGGCGGGGCCGGCAUCUUCGUCCUCGUCCACAUCCACACCCGGCGGCGCAGAAUCGGUAACCGCCGCCGCGGCAACGCCGUCAAAAUCCGCCGUCGUCUCCUCCCUCCGGCCAACCUGGCAGCCGCGCCAGACCGACGUCGUCGAGAACCCGCCACCCCCGUACUCCCCCGCCCCGGUGUCGCCCGCGCUCGGCAGCCCAGGCACAGCAUCCCUCGCCGUAGCGGCAGCGGCAAAAUCGAAGCCGAAGCCGCCUCCGCCGCCAAAACCGAAACCGUCCCGGCUCUCUGCGACGCCCAAGGUUGAGACUGUUACAGCCCUGUACGACUACGCGGCACAGGCGGAAGGCGAUCUGAGCUUCCGGGCUGGGGACGUCAUCGAGGUGGUCACAAGGACGGCAAACGAGAACGAGUGGUGGACGGGCCGGUUGAAUGGGAAGUCGGGCCAGUUUCCUGGGAAUUACGUCAAGCUGAAUCCAUAGCGUUGCGAUGCCACACAGCCUGCGAAGGUCGGGGGAUCAUAAAGCUCAGCGGCGGACAUGGGGGCUAAGGAAGUGAGCAGGAAAAAGGUGUGUAGGCGCAUAGACAGAGGAUGGGCGUUACUGUGCAUGAAGACCAGAUUAUACCACGAAGACCGCUUUGCAUUUGGCGGGAUGUCGUUUGUUUCAUUCACCGAGAGUUCUCAGGGUGUGCUGUGCGUUGCUUCUGCCUCUUAAGUCAAGCAUCUGGCUGAUCACUCGCCGGUACCAAGGUGUGUUCCCGCGUGGAUGAGGCUACUGUUGCUGUUGGGGCACGGCUUGCCUAUCUGCGGACUGGAUAAGGUCGUGCCUUCGUGUAGUUGCUACUUAGACUUCAAACCAAGUUGGGGGGGUAAAUGUCAAGAGAAGGUUGAGAGUUCAGGAUGGUAGGGAGAA